AUGGCCGUGAUUAGACACGUGCAGGCUUUUCAGCCCUGUGCUGUGCCCUCAUUCCGGCCAGGUAAGCGGGCGUCUCGGCAGGCUGAGCGCGUGGUCGAUGGGGUUGUGGUGGGUGAGGCCCCCGACACCUCUCAGCGCGUGACGCUGUCCAGCAAGCCCCAGCGCCCGCUCCCGCGCCGCCCCGACUCCCUCCAGUCCUUCCCCGGCAGCGUCCCCGUGGGCAGCCGCUGGCGGCUGGCCCACAUCCCCGCCGCCCCCCCGGUCACGCUGCUGGGCGCGGCGGGGCAGCCCCUGCCCUCCCACUCCAUCCCCCUCCCCGCCACGCCCGGCCCCUUUGUGCUGGGCGCGGUGAUUGAUGGCGACGCCGACGUGGUGGUCCUGGACCCCACCGUCUCCGGCAGCCACGCGCGGCUGGAGGUGCUGACGCGAGGCGCUGGCCCGGACGCGGAGGCGCAGCUGGUGGUGGCCGACCUGUCCUCCACCAACGGCACCUACGUCAACGGCGCGCGCCUGCGCCCCUGGACCGAGACCGUGCUGCACCCAGGCGACGUGCUGAGCCUGGCCGACCCCCGCGUCAGCUACGAGCACGAGGCCGCGCUGCGGCACCGCCUCUCGGCGCGCCGCCUCUUCCGCGCGGCGCUGGCGGGGGCCAUGCGCCAUCCGGGCGGGCCCAUCGCCGCGGGCGCGCCGCGCUUCCUCCUCACCUGGGCCACGCAGGAGUGGCAGGGCGGGGACGCCGCGCUGGCGGAGCGAUUGUGCCGCGAGGCGCUGACCAUCGAGGCGGACAACAAGUACCUGUUGACCCUGCUGGGCAGCAUCCUGGUGACGGCGCGGAAGUUCGAGGAGGCACGGCGCGUGUUCCACACCGCACUGGAGGCCACGCAGUGGACCCACGUGCCCACGCUCCUGGGCCUGGCCCGGCUGGAAAGCGGGGCGCUGAAGAUGGACCUGGCCCGGGACCUGUUCAAGCGCGCCCUGGACCUGCAGCCGGACUCGGUGCCCCUGCUCCAGGCCUGGGCGGUGGCGGAGUCGCGGUACGGGUCGGUGGCCGAGGCGCGGGCCCUGUUCCAGCAGUGCAUGGGCAUCGAGCCGCAGAGUGUGGAGGCGCUGCACGCCUGGGCCAAGAUGGAGGCGGGGGAGGGCGACCUGAACGCCGCGCGGCGGCUGUACGCGCAGGGCCUGGCCGCCGCGCCCACCAACUGCAACGUGCUGGCCGACCUGGCGCUGCUGGAGAUCAAGGAGGGGGACCUGGCGGCCGCGCAGAACCUGCUGGACACUGCCAUGCAGGCAGGGCCUCGGCAUCCCCGCACGCUGGCGGUGUGCGCGCGCCUGCGCGCCGCGCAGGGCAGCCGGCGGGAGGCCGCCGCGCUGAGCAUGCAGGCGCAGCAGCUGGGGCGCGCCCGGCGCGGCCAGCUCAACGCCAUCCGCCACCGCAACUGGCCCGAUGCGGGCAGGGGGAGGGGCGGCGAGCGGGAGGAGGGGUGA